AAAAAGUAUUUAUGAAUUACGAUCAAUCUGAAACACAAGAUUCAGUCCUACUAAAUGAUGACUGAAAUUCUAAAGGGACCCUCUUUAUGAAUAGUUCAUUUGAGAUGUCAAGACUUGACCAUGACAGAAGGAAUAAGUUAAUACAAGCAAUCCAAAAUAAAUAAAAAGAAAGACAAGGCUAAAGAAAGAAGGAAAGCAUUACGAAAAUAAGAGGAAUGAGAAAAAGAAGCUUCUAGAAAAAAUUAUUUAACCAACCAGAAACAUUCAAAGCUGUAUUUGAGAAGAAUAUGAACAAUAUUAAGAAUACUAUGGCAGACGACUUAAAAAUGAGUUAUCACUAUAAUACUGCUGAUAGCCCUAUUUUGAUUAGAAAAUAGCACGAUUAUUUCUCGAGGAGAGAGAAAGUUAAAACUUCUCAGAAAUAAUUCAAGCUUCAAAGCUAGAAUUCCAAGGUCUAAUGCAAUCCGCUCAGGUAAUCAUAGCCCGAAAGAUGCUAAAUAAUUCUGGAAGAAUCUCAAUUCAGAAGUUUCAUAAGAAAAACAAUAGUAUGUUCCAAACAUCUUCGAUUGGCUCUCCAAAGAAAUCAAUCAUCUCAAGUGGUGAGAGGAUUUCUACUAUACUAGAGAGCAAGGGCAAUAUAGCCAGUAUGAUCGCCUCAAGUUCAGUUUGAGGCGAAGAGUCUACUCAGAUGAAUAAGUUGACUAUAAACUUUUCUAGUAAGCAGAAUAAAAAGUCAGAUUCUAAGUUUAAAAGAAAUCCGCUUAAAGUUCACCAUGCAAAGUUCAUACCAUGUAUCAACUUCACCAAGGCUGCUUCGAAGGCUAUCCCCUUGAACAGUCGAAUUCUACUGUCAAAGCCUAGUCAUGAUAGAAGUAGAUCUUUGGGACAGUAUUCCAAUUUUGAAACUCCAGCUAGGCUAAAAAAGAAUUUGAUUCAUAGUAAAAAGGUUCUUAAUGGUGCAGUGAGGAUCAGACUUUCUAGUAAAACUUCACCUCAUAAGAGAGUCAGGCCUAAAAGUCGGAUAAAUAGCACAGGGAGACCUCUUAGCAAAAUGCAAUAUUCUAAAUUUAAAAGGAUCGAUUCAGCCUUAAGAGUCAUGCACCAGUCCUUGUAUGAAUUCAAAGGCACCAUAAACAAUUGAAUUAAAAAUGCGAACCAAAGCUUUAGGCGGAAUUAUUUAUCCUGAGAUGGCGAGAAGAAGACUAAGAAGAAGCAUAAACCGUUUGAACCGUUCCCUAUUGAGGAUUAUCUUGAUAAAUCACUUGAAAAUUUCUGGGAGGAAUAAACCAGUAAAUAUAU